GCUGACGCGGCCGUGUGGAACCCUCACGUCAGUCACGUCGGGAUGAGAAGGAGAAACAUAAACAGCCUCACAGAGUUGAGUUUUCUGCCAAACCGGGGAACAAAACUAUCACUUCAGCGCUCCCCUCGCAGUCAGGACGAUGCCCCGACGUGUCCGGUUCGCUGCGUGUAACGUAGGGUGAAGAGAAGAAGCUAGCCAGUUAGCCUGCUAGCUCAAUUAUAGCCUGAUAGCCAACGCCAGUAGCCUGUAGCUAACUAGUUUACUUCCCUUUGAGUGAGACGAAGCAAUCAUGACACAGAAAGGCAAUCUGUGUUCAGUUUCCCUCGGAGUGGAGGGUAUGACUUGUGGCUCCUGCGUCCAGUCCAUAGAGCAGCGCAUCGGGUCUCUCCCUGGAGUGAUGCAUAUAAAGGUGUCUUUGGAGCAGAAGAAUGCCACUGUCAUAUUUGACCACAACCAACAGACCCCAGAGUCUCUGUCAGAGGCCAUUGAGGAUAUGGGCUUUGAAUCAAGUCUGUCAGAGUCCAGCACAGCCAUACCUGUUUCUACAGAUAUCCAGCUGAUCCCCACCUCAGACCUGACUCCUGCAGCCCAACAAGAGGCUUUGGAGAAGUUAUCCCAGAUUCAAGGAGUGCUGGAUGUCAGAGAAAGCCCGGCCCAGAUGGGUCUCACUAUCACAUUUGUUCCAUCCCUAACUUCUUUGCAGCACCUGACUGAGGUGGUGGCCAGCAUAACUCCUUUGGAGGUCUCCACACCCAGCAGUCCAGAGCAAAAUGACCCAACCGUGUCCCCAUCUCACACCAUGGGAGGCGGGGCGGCACUCCUAAAGUUGCACGUUAAAGGAAUGACCUGUCACUCCUGCACCACCACUAUUGAAGGGAAGAUUGGAAAACUGAAAGGGAUUGAAAAGAUCAAAGUUGUUUUGGAGACGCAGAAAGCAACAAUCGUAUACCUGCCUUACCUCAUCACUGUCCAAACCAUCAUCGACCAGAUUGCUGCGGCUGGCUUCAAGGUGUUUGUCAAGUCCAAGCCUCGCCCCCUGCAGCUGUCCCCUGACGAAAUUGAACGUUUUGUUGAUUCUCAAAGACCAACUUCACCAACCAUUUCUUCGCCUUCUACAUCAGAGGAGACAGAAAUCUUCAUAGACACAACACUUACCAUGCUCAGGGUAAAGGGCAUGCACUGCCGUUCGUGUGUAGUCAAUAUCCAAGACAAUAUCUCUAUGCUGCCUGGUGUCUCCUCUGUUGAGGUCUCUCUGGAGAAGGAGAAGGCCUCCAUCUGCCACGAUCCUCUAAAGGUCACAGUGACUCAGUUGCAGCAGGCAAUUGAGGCGCUGCCUCCAGGAAACUUCAAGACUCAACCCUGGGACUCCUCUGGCCCUCUCAGUAUUGUAUCCACAUCGCCCACGCCUGCCUUAUCGUCGCCUCGGCUUGCAGGAGCAACCCAGGCCAAACCUGCAGCCUCACAGCCUUGUUUCACCCAGCCUCUGGCAUCUGUAGCCAACAUUCACAUCGAGGGCAUGACAUGCAAUUCUUGUGUUGAGUCCAUCGAAGGCAUGAUCUCCCAAAGGAAGGGAGUGAUUUCAGCCCAGGUCUCUCUGGCUGAUCACCGGGGGAUCUUUGAGUAUGAUCCCCUCCUGACCAUGCCAGAGGAGCUGAGGGAGGCCGUAGAGGACAUGGGCUUUGAUGCCUUCCUACCUGAGACCAAUUCUCUGCUGCCUGAACCAAAUCGCAGUCUCUCAAAGUCUUUGUGUGUAGCACCUGUGAAAGAUACAGAGCUGGAAAGUUAUAUACACAAAGAAACCCUAAAAGGACACAAUGGAGAGACGCGCUCUAAAUGCUACAUCCAGAUUGGAGGGAUGACAUGUGCUUCCUGUGUGGCAAACAUUGAGCGAAAUCUCAAGAAUGAAACUGGUAUCUACUCCGUUUUGGUAGCACUAAUGGCCAGCAAAGCAGAGGUGUCUUAUAACUCUGAACUCAUCGACCCUGUGAAGAUAGCAGAGUGUGUGAAAGAGCUUGGCUUCAGCGCCUCUGUUAUGGAGAACUAUGAAGGCUCAGAUGGAAACCUAGAAUUAGUGGUCAGGGGAAUGACGUGUGCCUCUUGUGUUCACAAAAUCGAAUCCAGCCUCAUGAGAGAAAAGGGAAUUAUAUAUGCCUCUGUUGCCUUGGCAACCAACAAAGCACACGUUAAGUAUGACUCUGAAAUUAUCGGGCCGCGAGACAUCAUCAAGCUGAUCGAGAGUCUGGGGUUUGAAGCAUCAUUGGUAAAGAGAGACCGCACUGCCAGUCACCUGGACCACAGCAAAGAGAUACGACAGUGGAGGAAAUCUUUCCUGGUGAGCCUGAUUUUCUGUGUGCCCGUGAUGGGCAUGAUGACCUAUAUGAUUAUCAUGGACCAUCAGAUGAAUGUUUCACAUCAGCACAACACCACAGCAGAGGACCGCAACCUCUACCACUCUGCCAUGUUUUUAGAGAGACAGCUGCUACCAGGCCUCUCCAUCAUGAACCUCCUCUCCUUCAUCUUUUGUGUCCCUGUACAGUUUAUUGGUGGUCGCUACUUCUACAUUCAAGCCUACAAAGCAUUCAAACACCGAUCUGCCAACAUGGAUGUGCUAAUAGUUCUGGCUACCACCAUAGCCUUCACCUACUCACUGAUUGUCCUAGUAGUGGCAAUGGUGGAGAAGGCACCAAUCAACCCAAUCACCUUCUUCGACACGCCGCCAAUGCUCUUUGUCUUCAUCUCCUUGGGACGCUGGCUGGAACAGAUAGCCAAGAGCAAGACAUCUGAGGCUUUGUCCAAGCUGAUGUCUCUACAAGCAACUGAGGCCACAGUGGUCACUCUCAGCAGUGAUAAGUCUAUUCUAAGUGAAGAGCAGGUGGAUGUUGAGUUGGUGCAGAGGGGCGAUGUGGUGAAAGUCGUUCCUGGAGGGAAGUUUCCGGUAGAUGGGAGAGUUAUUGAGGGACACUCCAUGGCUGACGAGUCUCUCAUCACAGGUGAGGCCAUGCCAGUGACCAAGAAGCCCGGGAGCUCUGUGAUUGCAGGCUCCAUUAACCAGAAUGGCUCUCUGCUCGUCAGUGCUACACAUGUUGGCAUGGACACCACGCUGUCUCAGAUUGUCAAACUAGUGGAGGAGGCUCAGACUUCAAAGGCUCCCAUCCAGCAGUAUGCCGAUAAGAUCAGUGGCUACUUUGUACCCUUCAUUGUUGGCAUAUCCGUCCUUACGCUGAUUGCCUGGAUCUUCAUUGGGUUUUUAGACUUCUCUCUUGUGGAGAAGUACUUUCCUGGUUACGACAAGAGCAUUUCCAGGGCAGAGGCAGUGAUUCGCUUCGCCUUCCAGGCCUCCAUAACAGUAUUAUGCAUUGCCUGUCCCUGUUCCCUUGGCUUGGCAACCCCGACAGCUGUCAUGGUGGGCACAGGGGUUGGAGCCCAAAAUGGCAUCCUCAUAAAGGGAGGAGAGCCACUCGAGAUGGCGCAUAAGGUCCAGUCGGUGGUGUUUGAUAAGACUGGGACCAUCACAUACGGCGCUCCAAAAGUUGUCCAAGUCAAGAUAGUUGUGGAGGGGAACAAGAUGCCUCGUUCCCGACUGCUGGCCAUUGUGGGUACAGCUGAGAACAACAGUGAGCACCCUCUGGGAGCAGCUAUCACCAAAUACUGCAAACAGGAGCUUGGCACCGAGUCUCUUGGUGCGUGCACUGACUUUCAGGCAGUGCCUGGCUGCGGCAUCCGAUGUCAGGUCAGCAACACAGAGACCCUGCUGAGACAGGCGGACAGCGACAGCGAGGAUAACAACCAACGCAACAGUGUCCUUGUCCAGAUCAGUGACACCCGGAUGUCCACCAGCUCCCAUCCACUCAUCAUGGACCCACAGCCACUAAGCCUCGUCCAGACAGCUACCUACGUUGUCCUGAUUGGCAAUAGAGAAUGGAUGAAGAGGAACUGCCUGCAGAUCAGACCAGAUAUAGAUGAGGCCAUGAUAGAGCAUGAGCGCAGAGGACGCACUGCUGUCCUGGUAGCUGUAGACAAUCUGCUGUGUGCAAUGAUAGCCAUCGCAGACACAGUGAAACCAGAGGCUGAGCUGGCAGUCCACACUCUGACCAACAUGGGUCUGGAAGUUGUGCUGAUGACCGGAGACAACAGCAAGACAGCGCGAGCCAUUGCUGCUCAGGUGGGUAUCAGGAAGGUGUUUGCUGAGGUCCUGCCCUCCCACAAGUUGGCCAAGGUGGAACAGCUACAGCAGGCAGGAAAGAUAGUGGCCAUGGUGGGUGAUGGUGUCAACGACUCACCUGCUCUUGCCAUGGCUGACGUGGGCAUCGCCAUAGGAACCGGGACAGAUGUGGCCAUAGAGGCAGCAGAUGUGGUGUUGAUUAGGAAUGACCUCCUGGAUGUGGUGGCCAGCAUCGACCUCUCUAAAAAGACUGUCAGGAGGAUCAGGAUCAACUUUGUAUUUGCUCUCAUCUACAACCUGGUUGGCAUUCCUAUUGCUGCUGGUGUAUUCCUUCCCAUUGGUGUGGUGUUACAGCCAUGGAUGGGCUCUGCUGCGAUGGCGCUGUCGUCUGUCUCUGUAGUUUUGUCCUCCCUUCUACUCAAAUGUUACACUAAGCCCAGUGCUGAGAAGUUGGAGGCCAGAAUGGGCAACAACUGGCGGCAGGGCAGCCUGUCCAAUGUCAGCGUCCACAUCGGCAUGGGCGAGAUGCGUCGCCCCUCGCCCAAACUCAGCCUACUGGACCGCAUUGCCAACUACAGCCGCGCCUCCAUCAACUCCCUGCGCUCCGACAAGCACUCACUCAACAGCUUGGUGCUCAGUGAGCCCGACAAACACUCACUGCUGGUGGGGGAGGCGCACUGUGAGGAGGAGUUUUGCUGAAUACGUAAGGCUCACAUAGGCCAGCAACAACUUUUGUAUACUGAAGUAGACAGCAACUGCAUUUAUUGAAGGCUAGGCCAUGCUAAGCUGAAAGGGUUACAUUGAAUAAUGGCCCAUCCGUCUGCUGUAGGUGCCUCAGGGCAGCACUGUUGACUGUUGAAGAAAGCUGACAUGCCCCUUGUUUUCUUUUAGCUCUAAUCACAUGCACUCAAAAAGAUGCGUGCGUGAUUUCCUCUCUUUCAGUUCCAGACUAUCUUUUGUUGAGGUCACUGCCCUCCAGCACACACUUUGAACCAACCCUUUGAUCCUCCGACGUGCUGGGUGUGUGUGUGUGUGUGCAGGGGACAUGAAGCAUCUUCAGAGCCUUGAAGCAGGUGCCCACAUCCAGGAAGCAGAGUGAUGGUCAGCUCUGCCACUGUGGGCAUUUGCCAGUACACUCUUUAACAUCUAUCCAAAGACAUUUAACAGUGUUGCUUAAGAGUGGACACCACAGUUAUAUUUCCACUAAUUUUCCUUACAUGGAAAAUUCAAAUAACACUGAUGUAUAAUUAUAUUCCAGAGUAUUUAUAUUACCCUUAUUUAUCUUUUUUUUUUCCAUUAUAUCUUAUGUGAAAAUGAAGUUGUUGAAUCCAAAUGCCUAUAUUCAUUUAUAUCCUAUAAAUCUGUAAAAACUGAGUAAGGUAAGGCAUAAACACUCAGUCAAUCAAAGAAGUCUUUUGCUGCAAAUAGGUUUUUUUGUACAGAACGCUAAUGGAGUGAGUUGUAAAUGUCAAUUUUACACAAGUGCCAAUCGAAGUGCCACCUUGGCAAAGUCCAACACAUUCCAAAGAUAGCACUGUACAGGUUACCUUGGACUUCAUGUGCACAAAGUGUGAACAGAGAGAAGGUCAUCGACUCAAAACAGAGACCUGGAGAAGGUCGACUGUGAAUGUUGACGGCAACUACAGAAGACUCUUGGUCAUAUAUUACUGUAGUUGUGUCGACCCUCUGCGUCUUUGGUUAAUGAUACAAGAUGUCCGUGAAUGAAUGUGAAAGUUAUUCGCUGUUAAAUGUAAACAGAAGUUGUUACAUGGAUGACAUUGUUUGUCAUCUUGUGAAGGUGUUGCACUGUGAUGCAAUUUAAGAAAAGGCCAAAUUGUAAAAGGCAUUUGUGUUCUGUCAUUGUGCUACGAAAGAUGUUACUGUUUGUAAGAAUUUCUUUCAGUGAUGCAAACCUUUUUUUUUUUUUUUUUUUUUGUUCAUAUGAUUCACACUGUUGCACUUCAACAUGAUCAAAGAAACAUCUUUAAACCCAGGGGAGCAGGAAACUCAGCAGGGCUGAACACAGCUGUGUCCCAGCAGUUCCACCAAACAAGUUUCUCCGACCCAAAUGUUGAUGUAUUCAGUAGUUUCAUGAAGAUCACAUUAGGUAACUUGAAACAUUUAGAUCACAGUAAUUACAUCUUGCAAUCGUAGACUGUUGAACUUUUUCUCCUGUAAAAUUAUUACAAAGAUUGUUUUGCUGUGUGAAAUGAGGAGAUAAUCACUACACUCCAGCGAUUCCGUAAACCUUUGUGUCUAAAGCUCUUUAAUGAUGGUGGAAGGAGCCAUCACUUUGUCCUGCCAUUUUCCCAUGAUGCAUUAUCUUCUGUAGCUGUCAAAGCUGUGCGGAGUGCAUUUAUGCCAAUCUGUUCUGUAAAGAUGCCAUAGAGCUUCACAUCUGUGUAGUCAAAUGAAGCAAGUCCAUGUUUGCAGUCUUUCAUAGUUGCUAUGAACAUUAUGUGCCUUGGAAUAAAACGCUUUUGUAAUGUCA